CUAUUUUUCAGAAUCAUAAAUGAGGACUGAAUAAGGGGGUCUCCCCAGCCCCACUUUGGGUAAGUGCAGAGCCAGUGUCAAAACUCAGCUUUCUUUGGCCCCAAAGCCUCCAAAUACACCCAUUUGACAGAUGGGGGAAAACAAGGCCUGCGGAGAGGGAGAAAGAGAAUGUGAAUUUCCGACCACUUUGCAGGAAGCCAACAAGAAGCAGAGCCCUGAAGAAAGCAUGUGGCUGUACAGCUUCCUGCCCUUCUAUCUGGGUUUGCACACAGAGCAGGGCUCAAAUCCCCUCUCUCUGCAGGAACCUGGACAAGCAGGAGUCCCCACCUGGGGCGUCAGUUUCUCCAUCUGCAAAGGGGAGUCCUAAAGAUGCCCACUUUCCAGGGUUGUUUAUUUUGCCAUCCAUGGAAAUAACACCUGUAGGUCCCCUGCACGGGGUGGGGCCAGGAAAGGUGCAGUCACUUUUUACUGAUUUUAUUCCUUGGAGACUCCUAAGCUCUCCCAGGAGGCCAUGGGCCUGGGUGGUCGGUAAGAACUACCCAAAAAUCUUCCCCCGCUUCUCCUCCCUUCUCCUUGGUGACCUGGUUCUUCUCCCAGUACCAAAUCCCGGCCUUCAGCACAAAGAGGGUUAGGCGGCUGCCCCAGGAGGCCUGGCCAGGUCACGGCCUCUGCCUGGUGCCUGCCACACCCACCCUGGUACCCAAACUGGGCCCCAGAUCCUUGGUGACUCGAUCCCUCCAAAUUCAGGUGAUCUCCCCUGGCUCCAAAUCACCAAACCCUCCCAGGUCCAGCGGCAGACGGAGCCGAGCCCCAACCAGGAAGGGAGUCUGAGCACUGGGACUUCAACGCCACCAUCUCCAGGACUCUUUUUGGGGUGACAGAUGGCACUGACUGGGUACAGCUGGCUACUCCUCAGUGCCACAUUCCUGAGUGUGCGGGCCGAGAUCUCUAUCACCCUGGAGCCUGCCCAGCCGACCGAAGGGGACAACGUCACGCUGGUCGUCCACGGGCUUUCCGGGGAACUGCUCGCCUACAACUGGUAUGCAGGGCCCACGCUCAGCGUGUCGUACCUGCUGGCCAGCUACAUUGUGAGCACAGGCGAUGCGACACCUGGCCCCGUCUACACGGGGCGGGAGGCUGUGCGCCCCGACGGCAGCCUGGACAUCCAGGGCGUCCUGCCCGGGCACUCAGGCACCUACAUCCUGCAGACCUUCAACAGGCAGUUUCAGACCGAGGUGGGCUACGGACACGUGCAGGUCUAUGAGAUCUUGGCCCAGCCCACAGUCCUGGCCAACAGCACAGCACUGGUGGAACGUCGAGACACCCUGCGUUUGACAUGCAGCAGCCCUAGCCCCACCGCCGAGGUCCGCUGGUUCUUCAACGGUGGAGCCCUGCCUGUCGCUCUCCGCCUGGGACUGUCCCCCGAUGGGAGGACGAUCAGCAGGCAUGGCAUCCGCCGGGAGGAGGCCGGCGCCUAUCAGUGUGAGGUGUGGAACGCGGUCAGUGUCAGCCGCAGCAAGCCCAUCAACCUGACGGUGUACUUUGGCCCAGAACGUGUGGCCAUCCUCCAGGAUUCCACCACCCGCACAGGCUGCACCAUCAAAGUUGACUUCAACACGUCCCUCACCCUGUGGUGCGUGUCCAGGUCCUGCCCAGAGCCCGAGUAUGUGUGGGCCUUCAACGGGCAGGCCCUAAGGAACGGCCAAGACCACCUCAACAUCAGCAGCAUGACCGCUGCCCAGGAGGGGACGUACACAUGUAUUGUGAAGAACACCAAGACUCUGCUCUCUGGAUCUGCCUCAGUGGUGGUCAAGCUCUCCGCUGCAGCAGUUGCCAUGAUGAUCGUGCCCGUGCCCACCAAGCCGAUGGAGGGCCAGGACGUGACGCUGACCGUGCAGGGCUACCCCAAGGACCUGCUGGUCUAUGCCUGGUACCGCGGGCCUGUCUCUGAGCCCAACCGGCUGCUCAGCCAGCUGCCUUCAGGGACCUGGAUUGCAGGCCCCGCACACACAGGCCGGGAGGUGGGCUUCCCCAACUGCUCGCUGUUGGUGCAGAAGCUGAACCUCACAGACGCUGGCCGCUACACACUCAAGACCGUCACGCUGCAGGGCAAGACUGAGACACUGGAUGUGGAGCUGCAGGUGACCCGUGAGUAUGCAGGAAGGGGAAAGGCAUGUCCCUUGUUAGAUGGGGGGUGGGGGUUUCCAAAAGGAGUCUGCUUCCUACAUCAAGCUGGGAGACAUAGACCAAAGAUGGAUAUGCCUCCCCCAUCAGACUGAAGGAAGCCUUGUCUCCUCCAUCUGACUUGGGGGGUCCCCAAAUAGGGCUCUGCUUCUUCUAUCAAACUAAUGACCUACACUGUGGGUAGACAGGCCUCUUCCAUCAGACUAGGGGUUGCCAAAGGGGACCCCUCCAUGCCUUCUCUCUCGAAUAAGAGGUACAGCAGACUAAAGGUUUUAAAAGAGAAGGCAUAGUCUGAUGGCAGAGCCUCCUUUUUCCUGCAGUCAGGUAGACACUAAAACAUAGGAGAUAUUACCUCUUUCACCAUAUUGGGGAAAUGGGUUAAUGAAGGAAGUUUACCUCUCCUAUCAGACUGCAGGCAUAGAGUAAGGAUGAAUCAGACCUUCUAUUCAGACUGGAAGAUCCUGCGCAAAAGGGAUCAUGUCUCCUCCUUUGUAUUAUUGCGAGGGCAAAGUUCCUACCAUCAGAUGGUGGAGUUUCUCUUUCAAACUGAAAUAAGGAUGGUCUGCUCCAUUAGGAUGGAGGCUUCUAGGUGUGGAAGUUGUGUCUCCUCCAUCAGAUAGGGAGUUCCCAGAUGUUGGGGACCAUGUCUCCCCAUCAGACUGGGAGCUCCAGGAGUGAGGGUCUAUGUCUCCUCCAUCAGACUGGAAUCUCCUAGAAUCAGGGUCCAUGUCUCCCCCAUCAGACUGGGAGCUCCUGGAGUCAGGGUCCCUGUCUCCUCCAUGAGACUGGGAGCUCCCAGAGGCAGGGACCAUGUCUCCUCCAUCAGACUGGGAGCUCCUAGAAUCAGGGACCAUGUCUCCUCCAUCAGACUGGAAUCUCCUAGAAUCAGGGACCAUGUCUCCUCCAUCAGACUGGGAACUCUUAGUCAGGGUCCCUGUCUCCUC